AAGACAUAUCAUUGAAUUUUAAUUUCAAAUUCAUUAUUUAAUUAAACUCCCAUUCCCUCCUUUUCAAACAAUUCCAACUGUGGGUCGCAACAUUUACUUGUAUAAGUCAUCAACCCUCCAACAAACUCAAGAUCUUUUUAAGACCUCUUCAAUUUCCCCAUUCAUGCUACAACCCUAAGUCACCAUGGCUUCAAAAUCCAUGUUAUUAUCAUUCUUCUUUUUCAUGUUUCCCUUAGUAUAUGCCGGUGAUGCCGCAGUUGACAAUAACAGCAGCAGCAGCACCGGCAUAGCACUGUGGUGCAGCACCACGCCGCACCCGGGCCCAUGCAACUACUUCAUGGGGCGGGACCCGUCCCGAUUCACCCCGAAUUCCCGGGAGGAUUUCCGGACGAUGACGAUCGUGGCCGCGCUGGAGCGGGCGGCAGACGUCCAGUCCCUGGCGGUGAAGAUGCGGUGCUCGAGCAAGCGGCGGACCAUCGUGUACCGCGACUGCAACAACCUCAUCGACAACACGAUCCAGCAACUCAACACAACCCUAGAGAGCAUCCAGACGAACGCCAGCUUCACCGACUUCGACGCGCAGACGUGGCUGAGCACGGCGCUGACCAACAUCGAGAUCUGCCGGCGGAGCUCCAAUGACCUGAACGUGACCAAGUUCAGCUCGCCGAUCCUCUCAGGGAACGUGUCGGAGCUCAUCAGCAACAGCCUGGCGACUAACGGGGCGCUGCUGGACAGCAACUCCUCCGGCAACUCGAGCACGACUCGGGGCGGGUUCCCCGGGUGGGUGUCGGGGCGGGAGAGGAAAAUGCUGCAGGAUUUGCAGCUGGCAACGAAGGCGAACGUGAUCGUGGCUCAGGACGGGACGGGGCAGUUCAGGUCGAUUCAGGCGGCGAUAAACUACGCGACGUCGAGGCGGGUGGGGAAUGGGAGAGUGGUGGUGUAUGUGAAGAGAGGGAUUUACAGAGAGAAUAUUCUAAUAAGCAGGACAAUGAAUAAGGUCAUGCUAGUCGGAGAUGGACUCAGGUACACCGUCAUCACCGGCAGCCGGAGCGUCUCUUCCGGCUUCACUACUUAUAGUUCCGCGACUGUCGGGAUCGACGGCAUCGGAUUCAUAGCCCGAGGCAUCACCUUCCGCAACACGGCGGGCCCACAGAGGGGGCAGGCGGUGGCGCUCCGGUCGGCCUCCGACCUGUCGGUGUUCUACGCGUGCGGCUUCGAAGGGUAUCAGGACACCCUGUUCGUCCACGCGCAGCGGCAGUUCUACAAAUCCUGCUACAUCUACGGCACCAUCGACUUCAUCUUCGGCAACGCCGCCGUCGUAUUCCAGAACUGCAUCAUCUACGUCCGCAAGCCUCUGGUGGGGCAGGCCAACGUGAUCACCGCCCAGGGCCGGGGCGACCCGUUCCAGAACACCGGCAUAUCCAUCCACAACUCCCGGAUCAUGCCCGCGCCCGACCUCAAACCCGUCCUCGCCUCCUUCAAGACUUAUUUGGGUCGCCCCUGGCAGCAGUACUCCCGCACCGUCAUCAUGAAGAGCUUCAUCGACGCCUUCGUCGUGCCGGAGGGCUGGUCCAGGUGGGAGGACUCCGAUUUCGCCCUCUCCACUUUGUAUUACGGGGAGUAUCAGAAUUUCGGCCCGGGCGCCUCCACCAGGAACCGGGUCAAGUGGCCCGGUUACCAUAUCAUAACGGCUUCCAAUGUGGCCUCGCGCUUCACCGUCGGGAGCCUCAUAGCUGGUCGGGCGUGGCUGCCGUCCACGGGCGUACCGUUUACGGCCGGCUUGUGACUUGAUAUGCGUUCAUGUUGUGGACAUUUUUUCUACUCAUUUUUUUAGCCAUUUAGUCUUCUACAUGUCAUGCUGUUAUGACAUAUAUUAUUUAUUAAUCAAAUUAACUUCAUUCGGAA